AUGAGUUCGCAGCAAAGUCCAGCUGCGCUCCAAUCAACGGUGGAUCGCGAGAAGGUGUACACGUGGAUAACCGAAUUGUCAAAUCCUGAGACGAGAGAGAACGCGCUGAUGGAGCUGAGCAAGAAACGCGAAGUCGUACCCGACCUGGCUCCGAUGCUGUGGCAUUCGUUCGGUACGUCAGCCUCGUUGCUUCAAGAAAUUAUAAGUAUUUAUCCGGCGAUUAAUCCGGCCACGCUGACAGCAUAUCAGAGCAACCGCGUAUGCAACGCGUUAGCGUUGUUACAGUGCGUCGCCAGUCAUCCCGAAACUAGAUCAGCCUUUUUACAGGCACACAUACCCCUUUUCUUGUAUCCGUUUCUACAUACGAUAAGCAAGACACGCCCGUUCGAGUAUCUCCGGUUGACCAGCUUGGGCGUGAUAGGGGCGUUAGUCAAGACCGACGAGCAGGAAGUGAUCACGUUCCUGCUCACCACCGAAAUUAUUCCGCUUUGUCUGCGUAUCAUGGAGAGCGGUUCUGAGCUGAGCAACACACUUGCCACGUAAUUGCUGGAUGACAGUGGUUUGUCGUACAUAUGUCAGACGUAUGAUAGAUUCAGUCAUGUUGCGAUGAUUUUGGGGAAAAUGGUACUGUCCUUGGCCAAAGAUCCUUCCGCGAGGCUUUUAAAACACGUGGUUAGGUGUUACUUGAGACUUUCGGAUAACCCGAGGGCAUUGCUGGCUCUCAGGCAAUGCUUGCCGGAUCAGCUGAGAGAUAAUACUUUCGCGACCUGCCUGCAAGAGGAUGCGUCGACCAAACACUGGUUGAAUCAACUUCUAAGGAAUCUGGAGACCGGCCCUCAACCGGUACCCCCAGCGCAGCCGGGCCAGCAGGAUCCCCGAACGAUCGGCAUGUCGCCACUCGCGUCUUAACGGAUCCACUCUCGUUUGUGCGAUAACCCGUUUUCAACGAAUUUCCUCGAGGACUCGGUAGUGCGGUUGCCUUCUCCUUUUCUACGCGCUCGCGAGUGUCGCUUCCGGCUUCUCUAGUCGCGAAUGGUCAUAAAACGAAUACGCGUCGCUGUUCGGUGCGAAGGUACAGAGCGUUAAAAUUGUCGCUGACAGGGUGCAAUCCGCCGAAGGGAUAGGAGUUAUUGAUCGCGAGCGAUACGGAACCAUACUCGCGGUGCAUGUCUGUCCAUGAGACAAGGCGCUCUUAGAUACGUGUGGGUUGCACGUCCGUUGAUCCACUGAUCGGAUCAAAUAGUUUUUCGUCCUUUUGAACGUGAACGAGAAACAUUGAAAAUUCUCCGUGGUACAGGGACGAAAUUCUCUUUCGAUGAAACGAAUACAGACGUAACGAAGAAUGUUGAGCAA